AUGACAUCGACCGAGAAGACCCCGGCUUCAUAUAUCGGCACAAAGCUCAGGGGGAUGGAUAACUAUCGUCCAUGGCUUCACCAGCUCAAACUUGAUCUUUCCGCCAGCGACCCCAAAUACUGGCCAAUUCUCAUGGGAGUCGACGAGUAUCCAACUGAGCCACAAUAUCAUCGCUACACCCACGAGCAGGCCAUUGCCACUAUUGCCUGUUCAGAGCACAUUCAAUGCGAACAAGUCACCAGCGAACAAGUAGAGAACUUGCUCGAACAAGCCACCCAGGAAAACAAGCUUCUUUCCUCCGAAUACAACGCCCGGGUUAGAGAAUGGGAGCAACUCAACUAUCAAGUCCGCUCGAGGUUUGGAUCGACUCUGGGGAUUGUCCCGGCCUCCCAUAUCAAAGGCGUAUUUGGCGCCCGCGCUGCCUUCCUGGUCAUCGAAUACCUUUAUGCAGAUCGCGUUGCUUGGAUGGGAACGUUCUAG